AUGGAUUUUGAACAGUGGGAUAAUAUGGAUUGUGGUAGACCUGAAGGGUUGGAUAAAACGACUGCUGAGGAAAAUUAUGAUAGAGCUAAAGGAAAAGAUAAAGACACUGGUGAGGAAGAAAAUGAAGAGAACACGACAAAUAUAAAAGAAGAGGCUGAGCAAAAGACUGAGCAAGAGGCUGAGGAAGAACAAAAGGCUAAGCAAGAGGCUGAGAAGAGCAAGGGAAAUAGGUCCAAGAGAAGCAGCAGCCGCGUGAAGAUGAUGAGAAAGCGGCUGAGGAAGAGCAAGAGAAAGAGGUCCAAGAUGGUGAGAAAGAAGCUGAGAAAACUCCUACACCACCACGUGGUUGAAGGAGGAUGUGUAGUACAAGCCGAAAAAUUGUGGAGGGAAAUUGAGGAAGAGGAAGAAAUUGUGAAGAGUCCCGAUGAGGAAGAAGUAGAAAAACCACAAGAAAAUACUGAAGAAAAUGAUGAGAAUCCUGUGGAGAGUCCCGCUGGGGAAGAAGUAGAAAAGCCACAAGAAAAUACUGAAGAAAGUGAUGAGAAUCCUGUGGAGAGUCUCGCUGAGGAAGAAGUAGAAAAGACACAAGAAAAUGCUGAGGAAUUGGUAGAAGAACCUGAAAAAACAGUGGAAGAGGUGGAAAAAACCACCGAGGAAGAAGCCACGCAUGUGAUUUACACUGAAGAAGAAAAGCAAAGCUGGUACAUGGUUGUUUACAAAGGAAGUGAGGAGGAAAGUCCGACCAAGGAAGCAGCCACACCUGCAAAAAGAAAGCUAAAGCUGAGAAAAAGAAAGUUGAUGGUGCACCUAAGAAGAGAGGCAGGCCGAAGAAGACUGCUGCUACAUUGA